AAGGAGGCGCCCUGCCUCUUCUGUUUCUUAAGUUAUUAUCAAUGAACUAUUUCUUUCUUAAGUUAUUAAAUUUGUUUUUGCUUGAAUUUCCAUUGAGGAAUGCAAGUUCAUUCCCUUUUACCCUUUGAUUGCUAGGCUUAUUGUGAAUGGCUUAGGAAGAAUGGUCUUAAUAUCGCUCUUUUCGAAUGUGAUUUAUGAAUAUUCAUUAGUAUGUGUGGAUCAGAUCCUUUUCCAGCAGAAACACUUCCAGACACAUCUUACCAUGUAGUGCUCGUACCGGAGUAGUUUCUUUCCUUAGUAUUGGUGAGUUAAAUUUUGGUGAUUCCAUCCAGAAAUGUUUUACAGUUGAGUAUCUAAGUCUUUGCAUUGAGGGAGGCAGGAGCUUCCUAUCUGGAUUUGAAUUACCUGUACAUCCAUUCUACCUAUUUAACCAUAUAUAGUUGUUGUGUGCAGUUUUGAAUGGCUUGGAUGGCAACAAGGCCAGUUCAUAGUUACUCUAUUGUUAAGAAGUUUGUGCGUGUAUUUAUGUAUUACACUUACACAUCUGUUCUGUCCCUCUUGCAAUCUUAGCACGCUUUGCAAUCAGCCUAACUAAUCUACUAUGACAUAUCUUGAGGUAAUGUGCUAUUCUUAUCCUUUAUUUCUUGUUUCGUAACCAAGAAGUGGUUUCCAAUUCCAAUACAACUGACCUUAUCCUGCUUUGCAGUUAACUAAGUUCUUCUAUUAUAAAAUGCUCAUAUGGAUUCUCUUGUAUUCAUUUCUGUUGCUAGAUUGGAAAUGUGAUACCAUUCAUGGCCUCUUUAAGAUGCAAUAUAAUUACUCUUACAUCGCUCCCCAAGUAUACCAAUGGGAGCAGCAAGUUUUAAAUAAUAGAGGGAAGUUUAUGCAGCACAGAUUCUGAAUGAGGUAUGGACACAGAUGGGGAA